CGUCAAGCCCUGCUCUCCUUAAAACCAGUUCUAGCCCCUUUGCAACGGUUCAGGCCGCUUUUCAUAUACACAACAUGGAAGACGUCACCACCAUCAAACAUCGAUUGUCGGCAGUUCGAGACGCAAUCGUCUCCAUUAUGAGCAUUGGCGGCGCGCCAGGGGCUGCCAUUGCCGUCAUCCACGAAGGCCAAACAGUAUACUCUGAUUAUCUGGGCUUCCGCGAUAUUGCGAACAGUAUCCCCGUGGACGAAGAAACAAUCUUUCCCUGUGCUUCCAUGACCCAGGCAGUGGUUUCCGCCGCUGUAGGAAUCUGUCUCGAGGAAGAAAAGUUCGGUUGGGAUACUCCAGUCAAAGACAUCUUGCCCAAAUUUCACACUCGAGAUGAGACGCUCCACCACCAAAUGACGCCCGUGGAUCUUGUUUCACAUCGUGCUGGAAUGCAGUCAUCUCUCUGCUGGCUCGGGAACAUAAACAACGUGCUCAUUGCAAAUAAGAACAGCAUGAACUUCAUCAAUGACCUGCAGAGAGUGAAACAAUUCCGUGGAGAGUACCUUUACAACAACUUGGGCUACGAGGCUGCCGCCCAUGUCCUCGCGAAGGCAACGAAUGGGAAUGGGAAGACCUGCAUCAAAGACCUCGUAAAGUUGUAUACGGUAUUCCUAGACGCUGGAGCAGACCAGUUCGCUACGGGGCUGACAGCCACGCCAGGAUCGCCAUUGAAUCAACUUCCGCGCCUAUGGUUGGCGAACAUCUCUAUGAACCCCAUCUCGCGGCACGAAACAUCAUAUGCCGUGGGUUGAGCAUGAGUUCAGACCCCAGGACCCUGGGAGCCAUUGGCUUGAACCCAGAUCUUCUCUCGCCAAAGCCUGUGCCACACGUUGCUCGUAAGCACCCAUCGGAGCUAAUUCUCUACCAUAAAGGUAGCAUGCCAGGCAACUUGGCCGCCAUCAAUCUCGUUCCUCGUACCCGU